CCCAAAAAUGGCGCGAAACCCCUCCCAUUUUCCGGCGAGUUUCCGGCGACUUUCCCUCGCUUUCUCCCUCCUCUGUCUCCUCCCUGUCCCGCAUUGCUCCGCCGGAGCUCACAACUACCACGACGCCCUCCGCAAGAGCCUCCUCUUCUUCGAAGGCCAGCGCUCCGGCAAACUCCCGCCGGACCAACGCCUCCGGUGGCGGAAAGACUCGGCAUUGCACGACGGCGCCACCGCCGGAGUGGACCUGACGGGAGGAUACUAUGAUGCCGGAGACAACGUGAAAUUCGGUUUUCCAAUGGCGUUCACCACCACAUUGCUCUCAUGGAGCAUCAUAGACUUUGGCCGGAACAUGGGCGGCGAGGUGGGAAACGCCGUGAAGGCGGUGAGGUGGGCGACGGACUAUUUGCUGAAAGCCACCGCCAAGGACGGCGUAAUAUACGUUCAAGUUGGGGACGCAUUUUCCGACCACCGGUGCUGGGAGAGGCCGGAGGACAUGGACACUCCGAGGACAGUGUACAAGAUUGAUCGGAACAACCCGGGGUCCGACGUCGCCGGCGAAACGGCGGCGGCUCUCGCCGCCGCAUCUAUAGUGUUCCGGUCACGUGACCCUGCUUACUCUAGAGUCUUACUCGAUCGUGCCGUUAAAGUUUUCGAGUUUGCUGACAGGCACCGGGGUGCGUACAGCUCCAGCCUGUACCAUGCUGUUUGCCCUUUUUACUGUGAUUUUAAUGGCUACCAGGACGAGUUGCUAUGGGCUGCGGCGUGGCUGCACAAGGCAUCACGGAGACGAUUGUAUAGAGAAUACAUAGUGAGAAACGAGGUCGUUUUGAGAGCUGGAGAAACCAUCAAUGAAUUUGGAUGGGACAAUAAGCAUGCAGGGAUUAAUGUCCUCAUUUCCAAGGAGGUACUUAUGGGGAAGGAAAAUGAUCUGAAGUCAUUUCAGAUUAUGGCAGAUGGUUUCAUUUGCUCCAUACUUCCUGGGAUUUCCCAUCCUCAAGUUCAGUAUUCUCCAGGUGGACUGAUCAUCAAACCUGGGAGUUGUAACAUGCAGCAUGUAACAUCCUUGUCUUUCUUGUUAUUGGCUUAUUCUAAUUAUCUAAGCCACGCCAAUCGCGUCGUGCCAUGUGGCCAGACCUCUGCUACCCCUGCCCUCCUCAAACGCUUGGCCAAACGUCAGGUGGACUACAUUCUUGGGGAUAAUCCGUUAGGAAUGUCGUACAUGGUAGGGUACGGUGCACGAUACCCUCGAAGGAUUCACCAUCGGGGAAGCUCGAUACCCUCGGUGAAUAAUCACCCAGGGCAUAUCGGGUGCAGAGACGGGUCCCAAUAUUACUUCACCCAAAGCCCGAACCCGAAUACUUUAGUUGGAGCGGUGGUUGGCGGACCAAAUAUCAGUGAUUAUUUUCCAGACGCGAGACCCUUUUAUCAGGAGUCGGAGCCCACUACGUACACCAAUGCUCCUCUAGUGGGGCUCUUGGCCUACUUCUCAGUCCAUUCUUGAAUUUACUUUGUGAUGAAUGUAAAGAGAGAAUGUGGUGGUGUGCAAUUGUGCAAAGUGCAAUGGCCACCCUCUCUAUUAUUGUUGUUCAAGAUUCUAAUUGUAUGUUCCUUUUGAGUUAUUAUUAUUAAUAUUAUUAAUUUAAUGAAGAAAAUUAGUUUGGUUUGUUUUA